CACUGACGAGAUGAUUAGUUCAGACAUGGCCACCUAGAUGCUAUCGUUUGGAGGAUCGUACCGUAAACAAAGAAUUGUAAAAACAGGCACGUGACAAUUCUCUAGUCGUGUUAUUUUUACUUAUGGCUUCAUUACAAGGACUUCCACCUUUACCUAAAAGUUUAAGCGGUUUAUUGAAUUUUAGUAGUGCACAGUGGAAAGAAUUAGAAAGACUAUAUACUAUGCGUACAAUGAUUCAGCAAGAUCUAACGCGCAACAUGGUGGAAAGAUCGACGUUGCAACACGGUUCUUCUGAAGACGACGACAGGAGUGACGUGUACGGAAGUGGAAGAGGAAGUCCUUCAAUCGACGGACGAGGAGUGAGCAGAGCUAGCAGACUAGAUGCUCAGUUGGCUUUAUUGAGAAAAGAAAUGGUUGGUUUGAGACAAUUAGACAUGUCACUUUUAUGUCAGUUAUGGUCUUUGAAUGAAUCAAUUCAAGAAUAUAAACAACUUCUUCAGGAACGAAUGUCAUUCUCUCCUACUCAUGCUUCAUCACCGGGAUGGGAUAACGGUUUGGAAUCUCCAAGCAGUGAAGAGCCAUUAGAAGUAAACGGCAAACAGUUUAAAUUGGAUUAUCCUAUUGCUAAACAUCGAAGUAUGCACGGACAUCAGGAUUUAGAUGUGGUUCCGGAACGGUUAUCCUCAACCGAUAGUUCGUCUCAUUCUAGUCUAGAGUUUGGUAAUAUAUGAAUUUUAAAUUAUUAGAAGUAAAUUUUGGUAAAACUGUCAAAUGCUAUAUUUAUGACAAUUUUCAAAAUAUAGCAUUAUGCAGUUUAUACGAAUUUUGACAAAUAUCAAGAAGUGCAUCUAUUUUUCUUUUAUAACGUUAAUGUUAUAUAUUUAUAGAAAAGAUUGGAUACUUUUUCUGUUAUAUAUUAUUUAUUUAUAACAGUGAUUUGAUAUAAUUGAAUGUUUGUGCUUUAUCGAUAAGAAAGUUUUUGAAAAAAAAUUUAUUGUAAGUGCUAUAAUACGAAGUUUUACAAUAUUUAUGGCAAACGAGUGUUA